AUGGCUAACAACGUGACCGCUACCAGAGAAGCUACAAGGCGUACUCACACUUACAGUUUCCAUCGCGAAGGCUUGAUUCAGUUGGGGCAAUUGGGUGGAUUGAUCACUGGUCCUAAUAAAACUGUGUUCACUGAGAAUUAUGGAAACAUCUUGACUCUUUUGGACUCACACGUCGACGAAUGGGGUUUAUCUACUCUUCUCCAGUUCUAUGAUCCUGACUUGCGUUGUUUCACCUUCUCAGGCUAUCAGUUGGCUCCCACUCUCGAGGAGUACUCUCACUUUCUCAAUAUCAAGGUUCAACACAAGGUUCCUUUCGUUUGUGUCCCAGAGAAACCGGAUUUGGACAACAUUGCCAACGCUCUUUAUUUGAGCAUAGAAGACGUCCUUGGAAAUUGGAAAAAGAAUGGUAGCACUCAGGGUUUCUAUAUGAGUUUCUUGGUUGAGAAGGCCCAAGAGUUGGCUAACAAAAAGAUGUGGGAGGCCUUCAACGCCCUUCUGGCCGUUUUGAUUUAUGGGAUCGUGAUGUUCCCUAACAUUCACAAGUUCGUUGAUCUGGCUGCUAUAUGUCUUUUUGUGGAGAAGAAUCCGGUCCCUACUUUGCUAGCCGAUACGUACUAUUCUGUUCACUCUCGAUAUGGGAAAGGAGGAGCCAUAAGAAAUUGUUUGCCGUUGUUAUACACCUGGUUUAAGUCCCACCUACCUACAAGUGGUCCUUUCGUUACUUCUACUCAGAAAUGGCAUCAAAGGAUCAUGGGGCUUACUGGAAAUGACAUUGUCUGGUGUCCUACUGGGAUGGACGUAGAGAAAGUUAUAACUAGCUGUGACCAGCCUUUGGACAAAGAGAUAUUCGAGUCCGUUUGCUUUGAGAAGGGAACCGAUCCAAAGGGUCUAGAAAAAGUGAGGAGUGCCUGGAAUAGCAUCCAUACAAAUGAUCAGAUUUCUCUUGGUGAAAAGAAUCCCGUUGCCAGACAAGCCUACACAGAUUGGGUUGAAAAUAGAGUUAAAGAUCGCCUGUUGCCUUUCCCGAAGGUUAACCCAUUGUACAAGCAACCACCUAAGGUUCCAAUUGCCACUAUGCCUGCUGAGAAUUGCAUCCCAGUAAAUAUGGAAAGCACCCAAUUGCACGAAAAGAAGUCGGAUGUGCAACCGAAACAUUGUCUUGUGGACAAGAAAAGAGUUGAGUUGACACACGAAGCCAAAAUGCUGAAGGGAGGAUCUUCCAGAGUUCAAAAGAGGGCUAGAACGGAAAAAGGUGAAAUAGAUACUACUAUUCCUGGGCAUAACGCAAGCAAUUCAUCAAACACGUGGAUUGCAAUAUUAGAAGCCAGCUUAAGAUCGCUACAAGCAUCCAUCAAGUACAAACUUGGUAUCCACCUCUUCAUCCCCAUGUCCUCUAUCCAAAGAUCAAAGAAUCACAAAUAUUGGGUGUGUGUAUCAAGAGAUAUAGGGGCCCAAAGUCGUGACCUCGCCGAGUCACGCGUUGCUAAAGGCAUGGAACAGAAUCCCAGAGCACGCAUGUGCAUUCCGUCAAACAGGUGGUGGGACAUUUUCGAGUCCAUUUUUAGGGAGUUAGAAGCCCCUCAUCGACCCACCAUGAGUUCCAAUCCCUUAAAUUCCAUGUCCUCUCUCCAUUAA